AUGACUGAAGAUUCCAAGAAAAUCCUUACAUUAGUUCGUGAAUUACGUGAAUUAAUAAAAAAUGCGCAAGUGCAGUGGGGAAUACCAAUUAAAAAACCCGCGUUAACCAGCGAUAAGUCACAAAUUCUGGUUGCCAAUGCUGUUCACCCGCUUGGACCAGUUGAUAUUGGACUUCAUACGGAAUUUUCACGAAAAAUAGAAGCAAUACGUUCGAUACUUACACAUUUUCGAACUACAACAUUACAAGAAUUUUCACAAACAAAUGUCUCUGGAACGGAACAAUUAGUUAAAAAAUAUUUUAGCCUUCUUAAGGAUGAAUCAAAUCAAAUGAUUUUAUUAUCAGAAGUACAAGAAAAUAUUAAAAUUUGCAAGAGUUUGGUAUUGGAUGCGUGUGAAAAUAAUCCCGAAACGUUUAAAUUUUUGAUUCCACAAAUAAUUAACUUUGGGAAACAAUUAGGGUUGAGAAUUUAUGAUAAUAUCAAACUUCAUGGAACUUCUUUCACGAUGAUCGGACCAAGAAUUGUGUUUGAUAUUGAUAAUUUGUUGUCACAACAAUUAAGUGAUUUCAAAAAAUUUGAAUUAUUUAAAAAAAAUCUUAAAGUAUUAGUUACUUUGGAUAAUUUGUCUAAAACAAAUGUACAUUCAUCGGUGGAUUGUUUUCUUUGCAUGAAAUGUAUAACCAAUGAUAUCAAAUUAAUAUAUGAAAGAGAAUAUUCAGCAUCGGAAAAUGAUAUUACUAAAAUUCUAUUAGAUGGUCAUGGAAUUCCAUCAUUUAAUAUGGAAAAAGUUGGACCUUCUAUAGCAUAUUGGGCUCCGCGAUAUCGAAUUAUAGAAACAGAUUGGAAUCUUGUCAGAGAUGAAUUUAUGGGAAAAGAAUCUAGAUCUAUUCAAAUGUUUUUACCUCCUGAAAGAAAUCAAUAUUUACUUAAUGAGAAUGAUGAUGAAUUUGAAUUAUUGCAGAGGUUGGAAUUAUAA